CACAGUUUGAUUUUAAUUUUUGUCGCGGUUAGUUCGCUGUGUCGUUCGCAGAACGGGAAGUUUGUCCAGUUAAAAAGAGACUUUCAUACUCUCUCCUCCCACUUACUUCCUCCCGUUUUUGAGAUCAGCUGCUCUCGCAACAACAACAACUUAACUGUAGUCACCGUCUCGUUUGCAUCGUUAGUUUUGCGUGUGUUGUGUCGCCAUAUGAUUGUGUGUGUAUGUGAGCUUAAAGCUGACGAACGAAACGAAACAAAAAAAAUAUAAAUUAUAGCAAAAAUAUUAAAUUAUAGCCAGAAAGAGAGCGCGUACGUGUCCGUCUUCCUCUGUGUGUGUGCGUUUGCAUCAAAAAUAUAUAAAAAUAGCAAUAGAAAGUUAUUAAAGCGUUGGCAAAAAAACAACAAAAACCAACGAACAGCGAGAGGGAACGGAGAACAAAAUAGUUUAAGCCAACGUCAACGUCGCUGCCGACGUUGCUGCCAGCGUCGCACUUGAAAACGUCGCAAAAGUUUGUAAACACACCAGUGUGUGUGCGUGUGUGUUUUUGCCGGUGUGCCAGUGUGCGUGUUCCUAGAAAAUAGUAAAAAAAAAAGAGGGAGCAGAAUCAGAAGAAGAAAAGGAGGCACCAGAAGAGAAUCAGCUAAAGAAGCCGACAGAAAAAAAUACGGUCAGCGAGUGCCGACGGCAGCCUCACCGAGCAACACCAACUCGAGCAGCUCCUCGAACACGGGCUCCCAGAGCGGCACGCUGAGCACCAGCCUGAGCAACACGACGAACACCAACACGAACAUGGGUCCCAACGGCACGGUACAGAAUCAAAACCAACAGGGCGGCGAGCAGUUGUCCAAGACAAAUCUCUACAUUCGCGGACUGCAGCAGGGCACAACUGACAAGGAUCUAGUUAAUAUGUGUGCACAAUACGGAACAAUUAUAUCAACCAAGGCUAUUUUAGAUAAAACAACAAACAAAUGUAAAGGUUACGGCUUCGUUGACUUCGAGCAGCCAGCCUUCGCCGAGUGCGCCGUAAAAGGAUUGCAGGGGAAGGGCGUGCAAGCUCAGAUGGCCAAAGUGGGUAUCUGGGUGCUUCAUAGGCCGGCCAUUCAACAGGAACAGGAUCCCACAAAUUUGUAUAUUGCAAAUUUGCCGCCCCACUUCAAAGAAACUGAUCUGGAGGCAAUGCUAUCGAAAUACGGACAAGUUGUUUCGACCAGAAUAUUGCGUGAUCAGCAGAUGAACUCCAAGGGCGUUGGCUUUGCCCGCAUGGAGAGUCGCGAGAAGUGCGAGCAAAUCAUUCAGAUGUUUAAUGGUAACACAAUACCGGGUGCCAAAGAUCCCUUGCUGGUGAAGUUCGCCGACGGUGGACCCAAAAAGAAGAAUCUCUUCAAGACGCCCGACCCGAAUGCGCGUGCGUGGCGCGACGUCUCCGCGGAGGGGAUUCCCGUGGCCUACGAUCCAACUAUGCAGCAGAACGGAGUCAGCGUGAACGUCGGCACGCCCAUCGGAGUGCCCUACUCCCGCUUCAGCGCCCCCCAGGUGGGUGGCUAUCCAGUGGCCGGCUCCCAGUGGAUUCCCGGUUACAUGAUGACCCAGCCGAUCACUCAGGUAGAUGAUCAGUUCUCCCCGCAGUACAUGCAAAUGGCGGCCGCCCCUCAGCUGGGAGUGACCUCAUACAAACCGGAAGCGGUCAACCAGGUGCAGCCCCGCGGCAUCUCGAUGAUGGUCAGCGGCGACACGGGCGUGCCAUAUGGAACGAUGAUGCCUCAGUUGGCCACCCUGCAGAUUGGCAACUCUAACUUUUCUCCAUCGUUACAGUAUAUUAGUCCAACUUACCCAUAUUAUGCACCACCACCAACUAUUAUACCAACAAUGCCAAUGACAGAUUCCGAACAGGCUAGCACAGCUGCAUCACCCGACGAGGCAUACACACAGUAUCCACAUCAAGCCGCUCCCAAAUAGGUCUUCGCGAGCUAUAAUAUAUUAGUACCGCAUUUGGGUACUAUAUAAAGUGGACGAGAGUGAGAUCAAUCCUGGUGGAAGCGGAAAAGCCAAGGAGGGAGGAAAAUCAAGAGGGAAAACGUCAGAGGCAGCGGAUCGGAUAAAGGAGUCAAACAACCAACACAUGAACAACAACUAGAGGAAAACAUCAUCGGCGGCAGAAGAAUCAGUAACACAGCAUGCAGUUCACGAAGAAAAAAAAUGUAGAGAAAAGCCGACCCCAAAAAGAAUGGGAAAUCCCAAAAAGCUAAGGCAGAGAAAACAAUGUAAAAAUAAGCGGGUUGGAUAAGAGUAUAUGAAGUUAGGGGAUUAAUGAAUAAACGCAAGAAGAAAAGCCGCCGGUCUCCGAUGAGACGAGCGCAGAAGACGCGAGUAAAAGUGAAGAAAAGCAAAGACUAAACUUAAAUAAUAGAGAAUAGUUAUACACUAAAUAAACAACCAGAGAAGCAGCAGCAGAACGGCAACCAUUGCCGGCAAACAACAGCGGCAAACGAGAGAGCAGUCCAAAAAAUAUUUACAAAAAGAGAACUGCAGGAUGCGAAGGGAAGCACAGUCAAAGUCAAAGGAAACUCACUUGGGGGUCGAAAGAACUUGACGAAAUCUGCCGAGAAAGCAAACAUCGCAGAUUAGAGUUAAGUUAAUUUUGUUAAGCGCAAGAGGAAAAACAUUUGAACGGGGGGGCAAACCGAAACCAGGAAAGAGCGAUGUAAAAAUAGAAGAGAAAAUAAAAAGAAACUAUUUUGCUAAUUUUGAGCUAGCAAAACCUAAGCAGACAGACAUUUGUGAAAUGAAAGAAGGAAAACAGAAACAAAACAAAAAUAAAUGUGUGUGCAAUGUAUGUUAAAGAACCGUAAAGAAAACGCAGAGCAAAUAAAAAAUGAAACAAAAUCCA